GGGGCAACGGGUUUCACGAACAACGCGAGACAUUGAUGAUCGGAUGAUAUCGAAUGAGCCAUGCCAAGCAAGAAUUCAAGCAUUCUGUCGACCGAUAUUGGAGCCAUGAAGUUUGUACCCUGUGUGAUCGUCACCUGGGGGGCCCUCUUCGCACAGGGUGCAGAUAUCCACGCGGCUGUUCGGGCGAAUGACCCAGCUGCAAUUCAAGCAGCUCUGGAUGAGGGUGAGGACAUCAACAAGAUCGGCCAGGGAGGGCAAACCCCCUUAAUGCACGGAGUGCUCACUGGAAACCCUGAGUCUGUGAAGUUCCUCCUGGACGCCAAAGCGGAUGCUUCGAUCCCGGAGAAGGAUGGCUACACUCCGAUGCACGGCGCUGGUUUCCAAGGCCGCUCGCAGAUCGCGCGGUUGUUGGUCGCACAUGGCUUAGACCCCCGUGACCGGCACACGGAUGGCUACACGCCGAUCCAUCGAGCGUGUUGGGGCAACGAGCAGCGCCAUGCAGAUACGGUGCGAGCCUUUCUUAAAGCAGGCGUUCCCUUUGACGAACUGUCAGACAGUGGGCAGAGCUGCAUGGACAUGACUGGAAAUGAAGCGACCAUGAAGUUGCUCAAGAAGCGAGCGGAGAAGGCAAAGAAGAAUCCUUCUGAUUCUGAGCUCUGAUGGGCCAGAAAUCGCUGCGGGUGACCAUGUGGGUGAUUGCAUCGGAGUGGGACCGAAGGUAGGGACCGUAGGGACGACCGAUUCUGAUGCGAUGCGAAGCCGCUCAGCCUGUGAAGGUUGUCACGUGACUCAUACAGUUUUGAGCUCUCCAUUGCUGAACGCGCAUGUCUGAGCCAUGCUCAAUGCCCGCACAUAUUUGUUGUGUGUGGAUUACCUGGAACAAAAGGCUCACGCAUGCUCACGCCUGCUCACGCCUGCUCACGUUGGCGGUGGAACAG